UCAGCUAAAUAUUUGUAUUUUUUGUGAACCUAGAACACGAAGUCACAGUUGAAAAAAGUGGAGGGAACUCGAACCCCGGGCAAAGCGAGCACAGUGCAAUGUCGACGAUGAGACGCCGCCACCGAAUCAUCAGUUCAUCCGACGAAGAAGACGAAGAGGAAGAAGUAGUAGUAGAAGUGUCUCCACAGCCUCGACAACCACCGCGAGUCGUGGAGGAGGAAGACGAUUCCACAACCGCCAAUCUCAAUUUCGAAACUGUAACCCUCAAUUCCCCCGCCCCUCCCACUCCCACUCCCUCAUCCGAAGUCGCCGAUUGCACCGUUGGCCGCGUCUUGCAAGAGGUGGGGCUCCGAUUGCGAGUGGAAUGGCUGCAGUCCUGCCUCGCCCAAUUAGAGGGAUCCGUCCCGAGAUUUCGGGCCUUCGACGACGCAACCAAGGCUAAGCUGUGCUUCCAGCAAUUCCUCUACUCGGAUAUGAAUUUAUCAGGUGCCGGGGAGCUCCCUCCAAACGUCCACACAUUGCAUUCCGUUGAUCUCAAAGGUCCCUUUGUGCUUCAGGUGGACGAGAUAGUUAAUAUCAGCUGUCCUCUAAGAGGAAGGUACCAAGAAUCAUCUGCCGGAAUCAAGAGGUGCCUCAAAUUGUCAAUGACAGAUGGCAUUCAACGCGUGUUUGGCAUGGAAUACAGGCCCAUAAAGGGGCUUGAUGUCAUGGCUCCUGCUGGUAUUAAGGUUGCCAUUUGUAAUGUCAAUGUAAGGCAUGGGCUCUUAAUGCUGGUCCCUGAAGUUUUUGAAAUUUUGGGUGGUAUGGUUGAAGAGUUGGAGGGAGUGCGUCAGAGGCUUGUUAAAGAAGUAAAUAAGCCACCAAGGGGAAAAAGAACAAGAAACGGAGUUGUUCCUCCUUUAGCAACUAGACUAACUCGUGCCGCAUGGCCUGUAGAAGGUGCUACUGCUCCAGAAUGCCCUGAUGCUCCCAGAGGGAGUGAUCGACCUCCCCUGUAUCAAGAGAGAGGAACCUUGUCUGGAACCCGUGCCAGUAAUAGGUUUGGAGAUGUUGCAGCUCCCAUCAGGAGGGAAGAAGCUGAAACUGAUCUUUCCUUUGUGGAGGCUAUGGAUAUGUCAAGUAUCCCUGCCAGUAAUAGGGUUGCUGCUCUCAACAGGAGGGAAGAUGCUGAAAGUGGCCUUUCACCCAUGGAGUCAAUGCAUGCGUCUAGCACUGCUGCAGUUAGUAGGGGAGAUGUUGAAGCUUCUAUCAGUAGGGAAGAUACUGAAAUUGGCCUUUCACCCAUGGAGGCAAUGCAUGCGUCUAGCACUGCUGCAGUUAGUAGGGGAGAUGUUGCAGCUUCUAUCAGUAGGGAAGAUACUGAAAUUGGCCUUUCACCUAUGGAGGUUAUGGAUGAUGAGGAAAGCCAUAUGGUUGACAUAGAAACCAUGUCUACGAUCCCUUCCAGCAGCACCACUGGAGAAGAUAUUGCAGUUUCUGUUCACACAGAAGAAGCUGCAUCUAUUUCACUGCCUAAUGGAGCUAUGGAUGCUGAAGACAUUGAUUCCAUUGAUGCAGGAAUUGUGUCUGACACUCUUGCACAAGGCAGAACUCAAAGUAACAUUCCAGUCCAUAUCACAACUGUAGACUCUGAAGAUGAAUUACCUACUGCAGCUAUAGAUGCUGAAGAAGUUUGUAUGGCUGAUGAGUUGGAGCACCCAUUUAUCCUUACUGGAGACAAGGAAAUUCCUUUUACUUACAUGGCUAGUUUGUCAGCUAAGUGGGCGGCUGCUAUGGAUAAAACUUCCUCUGUAAAAGGAAAAAUCAAGUGCUUUCUUACUGGUGUGAAGAGUUUUAAAUAUAAAGAAAGGAGUACAUAUGAGCUUAGAGUUUACGUUGAUGAUGGAAGCCUCAUCUCUGAGAUACUUAUUGAUCACAAUGUUGUGCAAAAAGGAACUGGUUACUCUCCUAUGGAAGUAACUAAUGCUCUUGCUUCUUCAGAUAAAAAGCAAGAAAACGACAUGAAAGAAACUAUGAAACAAUUCCAGAGAUUCCUUAUGAAUUUUGAGGGAACAAUGAUUGUAGAGAUGAAUGAAGAAUCUCCAUUCCCAGUUGCCACUGAAAUGAACCAGGGGUGUCCUGCCUCCGAUGCUUGGUUGCUUCUUAGGCGACUGCAAUCCUCUACUUCGGUGCAAUUACAGCCUCAUCGCGGCUCAGAUACUAUUCAUCUAUCCCCUUAAUGUACUUAUGCAUACUUAAAUUCAGUUAAUUGUGUGAUCAAGCAUUUGAGAGCUAAAUUGCAACAUUUCUUUCCUUAGCAAUUAAUUUUUAAUUUUAUCUUAUAUUUAGGGGUGUUUGGUUAGAGAUAAAAGGAAUGGAAUGAAAAUUAUAGGAUUCAAAUGCAUUUAUAAUCAAAAUAUUUCAUUACGGUUUCA